AUGGAAAGUCAGAGAGUCCUGUCGUCUUACAGGAAGCGUUUCGGGCCCCAGGGGGCCGGCAGUGUGGGUGGGGGCGUGCGGCUCAGCAGUCUCUCCUCCAGCCGCUUCUCCCUCCAUGGGAGCCCCCGCCACCUGACCCACUCCAGCACAAUUUCCCGUCUCUCCCUGGGGUCGGCUGGAGGGGCCCUGCUCCUGGGGACCCCUGGGAACCGUCUGGACUUCUCGGCUGACUCACUCCUCAAGGCCCAGUACCGGGAGACUCGCACCAACGAGAAGGUGGAGAUGAUGGGUCUGAACGACCGCUUCGCCAGCUUUAUAGAGAAGGUGCGCUUCCUGGAGCAGCAGAACACGGUGCUGGUGACGGAGCUGAACCAACUGAGGGGGAAGGAGCCCAGCCGUCUGGGGGACAUCUUCCAGGAGGAGCUGAGGGAGCUGCGCAGGCAGGUGGACGGACUCAGCGCUGGGAAGGCCCGGCUGGAGAUAGAGAGGGACAACAUGGCUGCUGACGUGGCCACGCUCAAACAGAGACUGCAAGAUGAGAUGGUUCUUAGACAGGAUGCAGAGGGCAACUUGAACGCCUUUAGACAGGACGUGGAUGAGGCGUCUCUGAACCGUGUCCAGUUGGAGAGGAAGAUAGACGCGCUGCAGGAUGAGAUUGCCUUCCUCAAGAAGAUCCACGAGGAGGAGCUGCGUGAGCUGCAGGAGCAGCUGAUGGCCCAGCAGGUCCAUGUGGAUGUGGACGUGUCCAAGCCAGACCUGACCGCUGCUCUGAGGGACAUCCGGGUCCAGUAUGAAUCCGUGGCCUCCUCGAACAUUCAGGAGACGGAGGAGUGGUACCGCUCCAAGUUUACCGACUUGACCGACGCAGCUACUCGGAAUGCAGACGCCUUGCGAUUGGCCAAACAGGAGGGCAACGAGUACCGACGGCAACUCCAGGCCAUGACCUGUGACGUGGAGGCGCUCCGUGGAACAAACGAGUCUCUGGAGCAGCAGCUGCGCGAGAUGGAGGACCGUUUCUCCAUGGAGACGGCUUGUUACCAGGAUACGGUGGGUCAUCUGGAGGAGGAGAUCCAGACUCUGAAGGAGGGGAUGGCCAGACACCUGCAGGAGUACCAGGACCUGCUCAACGUCAAACUGGCCCUGGACAUAGAGAUCGCUACCUACAGGAAGCUGCUGGAGGGAGAGGAGAGCAGGAUCACUGUUCCAAUGCAGAGCUUCUCCAAUCUGCAGUUCAGAGAGACCAGUAUGGACACUAAGUUCUCUCCAGAGGCCCAUGUCAAGAGAAGCAUCAUAGUGCGGACUGUGGAGACUAGGGACGGGGAGAUCAUUAAGGAGUCUACAGCUGAGAGGAAGGAGAUUCCUGACAGUCCUUAA